ACCUCACGGACCGCGACUGUGCUGCCACGCAUCGGAGAAGCCAAAAACCAAUGAUGGACUGGUAAUGCCACCUGUGGGAAGGAGAUGGAAGCUGAAGUUCCGCGUGCGCCAUGCAUGCUGCAAUCCUCGUUAGGAACACUCGGAAGACUCGAAAGAAGAAGAAAGGCAGCGGCAAGUUCGACCCUCUACCCCGGCACGUGGCUACGCGGGAAAUCCCCCCGUUUCCACCACACCCGCCGUUCAGAGCGUGGGGCACCGAACCUCCACCUCCGAAACCAAAGCUCCCGAACGGCAAGCAGGCUUGGGAAGGGACGCUCGAGCCGGGCACCGGUGGCGAGGUGAAGGAGUACAAGUCCCUCGCCUCGGCUGCACACAAACGCUGGCUACGGAAAAACCAGGUGGAGGACGUGGAGUCGUCGCUGCAGAAGGAUGGCCAGGGAGGCUUCACGGCCUCCUCCGCGGCCAACAUUGUGCUGUAUGUCGGCCUGGGCAUGGUAGCCGUUGGCCUCAUCAUCACCUUUGUCGGCCUCGGGGAGCGGGGGUUUCAGACGGACGAGCUGAAGCUGAUCGGCCCGAGCCUUAUUGGCUCUGGCGUGCUCUUCUGCCUCCUCCGCAUAUUCUUCUGCACCAUCGGCAGUUGUUCCUGCUGCAGACGGAAUGACGACCAGCGGAGCCUGAUCACGCCGAAGCCGAGCCGCGUGCGGCGCUCCGCCGGCCCCGUGACGCGACCCUCGGCGCACCCCAACUUCAUCAGCGACGGCGAGGAGGAGGAGGAGGCGCCCGGCGCCGGCAGCGGCGGCGGCGGACCUUCCGACCUUGAUGAGAUCAGCAACGUGCCUGUUCUGCCUCCCAUAAAGGGAGGGAGGGGCACUCAGCACGCCGGAGAGGUGCUCCUAGAUCCCAAGGGCUUGGACCGGCCGCCGUCAGGAGGCAGCGUGAUGGAGCCGCUGACACCCGCGCGGCGGCGGGAUAGCACGUCCCAGAUCGAGAACGAAAUAGACGAUAUGAUCAAGUGAUCAGACUCGGUCGAGUAUCGAUUUUUAUCUUUACGCACGUGUUGUGAGAACCAAUGGCCGUGGCCCGGCUUCGGAUUGAGGAUUAUUGUGAGGACUAUGCACCAGAGGAACUUGGAAGAGGGGAGCAAGGAGCCGGAAUGGCGUGUCCUCGCGCGUGAACCGGCUGGAAUCACCUGUGCUAGGGCUCUCGGCGCUCGUGACCUUCACCGCUAGCUGCGUGAUGGAUCUCUGGUGAAGCAGCGGGCGUGACGUCACUGAAGGUGCGUGACGUCAGUGGUGCGUGACGCCACUCAUGGAUCUCUGGUGGGGCAGCGAAUGGCAGCGCUGGGGCGUGACGUCACGGGUAUGUGACGUCGCAGGUGCGUGACGUCGCUGGUGCGUGACGUCACUGGUUCAAGCGCACCCUGCGAUCAGCUGUUGGCCGUCGUUUCGAUUUAGUCCGACCGCCUGAGGCUAUAGCGGCGACUUGCGCGUCCGGAGCACGUGCGUCGACAACGCGACCCGGGACGACCAGUGAGCGCAACUGUUCGCUGACGCGAUAGUUGUUUGUGGCGUAGCCACCGAAGGUGAAGCAUUGGGUGAUAACUUUUCCGUGGGUCUUAACUCUGGAACCAGAAUGCAGAAGACGAGUUAGGCAUCGAUCUAUGAAUCUCACUUUCAGGACGGUUGCUUAGGAAGUGGACCGGACCGACACUUCACCAGGAUCACCGCCCUGAAAUACGCUGUAGACGAUUUGGUUGGGUAUCAGGCUCGUAUAGUUCAGUGUCAUGACAUUUAUGUGAGACCGCUGACAUGAAGGAUGCCGGAUAGAUCAUUGGUUGGAUUGAUAGCAAUACCAACAAUUGUUUUGUGCCUACCGUUGAAGUGUAAAUAUUGACUACGGUAUCUAACGAUUUAGGCAUUGCGAGCGGUAAGCAUCUUGAUACGUACCUUAAAAGAGACGGAGUUUUUUCUCAGGCUAUUUCAUUUCCAAAUUGCUAUUCAAAACGCGUUAUUUUGUCCCUCUAUUCCAAUAUGUUUUAGGUGUCAACAAACAGCCGUAUUGCAGUAACUAAGUUUUGCUUACCGCAUGCCCUGCGCCGACCGUUAAGCUAACUUAGUGUGCACAGCUCACCAAAACAAUUCAAUUGCGUACCGUUGUUUAAGCGGGGUCUUGACUGUUAAUGUCUAACCCGAACAACAAACCGAUACCAAGCGAAAAGCUCAAUGCGUGAUACUAGGUACCGAUAAAAUUCAAACGCUGCAGUUGGGCCACGGGAUAUCGCCACAAAGCCAACCACCACGAAGGCGUCCUCGCCGAUACAAGAAACGAUCGUCGGCGACGUCUCCCCCUCCCCCCCCCCCGGUGAAAAACACCAGCCGUUGUACAGGUGACAUAUGAACGGCGUCUCGUGAUAUGUUUAAGAGUCCAGGACAACAACGUUCUGUUCAGACAUGCGUCUACCGCCUUGCUUUUGGGGAUCAGGCGUGCUGAGCCAAUAGGCCGUUUACGAUUCGGCUUAGCUGCAAAGUGCGUAGCAUUCCUGAAGGUGCCUGCACUUGUUUGCUUCGAGGACACUGUCUAGUUGACGUGUUUUGCGUUUGUUUAUGUGGAUGUUGCGCCUGGAGUUUCAGCAAUACGCCCUGCGACAGCUAUCUCCCGGACAUGCUGAGCGCGCUUAUACCGCAUUCUCGUGAGAAGGGUCGGCGCGUUUUAAGAAUGCCUACUGCUGAAUGUUCCCAUGGCAAUAUCUGUGAUACCUCAACGUGUGUUGUUUGGAUUUUGUGGUACCCGUGCGCUUCAGCUUCGGUACUGAACGUUCGAACCGCUCGUUACAUCUGAGAAUGGGGUAUUGGAAUGCCUUAAUGCGAACCCUACCAUUUACGCUAUAAUCACAUGUAUUCAUGCAUAAUUAGCGGUUUUGUUCGUUCCGCAAUAAAUUGUUUGUUCUUCUCGUAAGUGC